AUGCAGCGUACGCGACGUCCUGCGGGAAUCGCCGGACUUCUUGUGAUCGUGGCCGUCACAAUCAAGGGAGCUGGCUGUGGUUUCUCGAGUUUAUCGGGUCCAGCUGCUGGUUUCGGGCACGAAAGGGCACGGUGGCCACCGUGCAGGGCAGGAAUUCCUUGCCGUUCCUCCAUCUCCGAGGUCACAGCCUCCUGGUCCGAAGCAGAGCGCAAGGCUUUAGAACUCCUGGAGGAGAAGCAGCCCGCCUGGCGCCGGAGCUACUUAGGGCCCAAGACGGAGGAGGACGUGCAGGAGACCUUCCGGGCGAUUGCUUCCGCUGCCGGCGGCGAGGAGCAGGGCCUCAACGCCAUUGAGCGGAAUCUGGCGUUGAUGGUGUUUUUGCCCAAGCAGAUCGCUGCCUCUUCAGAGGCUUUGUCGGCAGAGUUGGGCCCAGAUGUUGCCUUGGAUGUCAUUCGAAAGAAUCCGGGAGUUUUGACUGUGCCUCCGGCGAGUAUCAAAGAAAACGUUGGGGCAAUUGUCCCUAUAGCCAAUGUGGUCGGCUUCUUUGCGGACAAUCCCCUUUUUGCUCAAGGACUCUUUGCUGUCCUCGGUUUGGCCGUCACCUACGCGGUGGUGGUGGCCUCCUGGCUCGAGAGACCCUCAAGGAGCCCGCCAUUUCUGUGCUCCCUUGCUGGGUAG